AUGCAAGGCACCUCAGAUCUCCUGAUCCCUGAUAGCCAUGCCUCCGAUCAACAGAUAUCCCCAAUGUCAGCAGGAAGACCUGCCAAUGACAAGAAGCCUGAGCACAAGAAUAAUUGCAGGCGCAGCAGUGAUGCAGAUUCACUGCCAGAACAACAAGAGCCACCACCACCACCAGUUCUGGUUGACAGAAACAGAGUGGCAGCUCCAGAAUGGCCUGUUGACAGGAUCAUAAAUUCAAGAAUGGUGGUUGACAGAAGGGGAAGGGUGCGCCUGGAGUACCUUGUGGACUGGAGAGGCUAUACACCUAGCUGGCAACCUCGGUGUGAUCUGAUACCAGGAUGCGAGGAGCUGGUUGAUGAGUUCCAUAAGAGAUAUUCCAACCGACCCUCACCUGCUGAUUUGGAUGGCGGCCAGCAUUCCAAGCGGUGA